AUGGACAAGCUCGUCUGGCGACCGCUUGGCGGCAGUCGUCAACGGCCCUCGAGGGCCCUUGACAGGUGUAACGCGGCUCAAUCCGCACUACCAGAACAGCACGUGCUAACGAGAGGCGUCAGGCGCGGCGUAUCUGUCGCGGUGAUCGCACGUAGGCCGCCUACGACCGCGUGGAUGCGUGGAGGGCGCGCGCGUGUCGAAUCGCUCCCUCGCGCCCUCUACGAGGCAAGAGAGGCUAAUUGCCGCACG